GUCCGGCCCGCGCCGGCGGCGGGGAGGCGGCGCGCGCGGCCCGCAGCCCGCCCAUGGAGGCUUUCCCCUGGGCGCCCCGCUCGCCCCGCCGCGGCCGCGUCCCCCCGCCCAUGGCGCUCGUGCCCAGCGCCCGCUACGUGAGCGCCCAGGGCCCGGCGCACCCGCAACCCUUCAGCUCGUGGAACGACUACCUGGGACUCGCCACGCUCAUCACCAAGGCGGUGGACGGCGAGCCGCGCUUUGGCUGCGCCCGCGGCGAGGACGGCGGCGGCGGCGGCGGCUCCCCACCCUCCUCUUCCUCCUCGUCGUGCUGCUCCCCCCACGCGGGGGCCGGGCCUGGGGCGCUGGGGCCCGCGCUGGGGCCACCCGACUACGACGAGGACGACGACGACGACAGCGACGAGCCGGGGUCCCGGGGCCGCUACCUGGGGGGCACGCUGGAGCUGCGCGCGCUGGAGCUGUGCGCGGACCCCUCGGAGGCCGGGCUGCUGGAGGAGCGCUUCGCCGAGCUGAGCCCGUUCGCGGGUCGCGCCGCCGCUGUGCUGCUGGGCUGCGCACCCGCCACUGCCGCCACCGCCGAGGCGGCACCGCGCGAGGAGCGGGCCCCGGCGUGGGCGGCCGAGCCCCGGCUGCACGCAGCCUCUGGGGCGGCCGGCGCCCGGCUGCUCAAGCCCGAGCUGCAGGUGUGUGUGUUUUGCCGGAACAACAAGGAGGCGGUGGCGCUCUACACCACCCACAUCUUGAAGGGACCCGACGGGCGAGUGCUAUGCCCCGUGCUGCGCCGCUACACGUGUCCCCUGUGCGGCGCCAGCGGCGACAACGCGCACACCAUCAAGUACUGCCCUCUCUCCAAAGUGCCGCCGCCGCGCAGCGUCAGGGACGGCCUGCCCGGCAAGAAGCUGCGCUGAGGGCCCGGACUCCGGUCUGCUACUGCUACCUGACGCCACCAGGGUCGCCGCCUGCCCAAUGUCUAGUUUGGCCUGCGCACCAUCUCUCUCUCGCUGCUGAGCGUGGAGCUCAGCUGUUGGUUGAACUUGAGAUGUACUGAUUUUUUUUUUUUUUUUCUUUUCAAAGGAACCCGGCGGUACUGAGUCCUUUCCUGUCGAAGAGCGCUUAAGACUAGAAGCUAAAAUCUUGAUUUGUUUAUCUCUAGUUUGUGCACAUCCAGACGGUGAAGGCUGGGUGUUCGUUCCACUAACUGAAAUGUGGCAACUUAGAAGUGCUGUUUAUUUACUCUAUACGUCUACCUAUUUUAGAUGCGCAUCAGUAUAUGAAAUUGUCUCAAUCUAAUCUUGGAUGUUUAAUUUUAUGAACGGAGGCACUUUACUAGGCCUAGAAUAUUUUUUUAAAAGCCUCUAAACUGAACUUAACUGGCGAUUUUAUGGAAUGUCAGCAAAAUGACUUUUAUUGUUUGAAACAAGUAAUAAUAUUUCUGUUGUCCUUAAUCAGUUAUUCUAAUUCCAGGUGAAGCAACCCUCACCUGCCUGGUAGCAUCAUUAAGUGAAGGCUUAGUAAACUUUCCAGUGUUAGUUUGGGUGGGUGUUCCCCCCGUGGCUUGUUUCUGUCCUAGCUGGAGGUGUAAAGAUGUACAAUCUGUGGCAGGUAGAAUACAGCUCCUUAUCCUUUUAUGUACCAGAUCUUUUAUUACUGAAUGAGCAACUAGCGUUUCCCAUCUUUCAAAGUCGUGCCAGGUUAUAUAAUAUUGUGUAUACACUUGGAAAUGGUGCUGUUUAAAAGAAUUUGUGUAUUUAUACAGUAUGAGUAUAUGAAUUCAUUAAUCUUGUCUUUCACUCUG